UAAAUAAAAAUAAACAAAGUUUAUCACGACUAGAAAAAAACUGUACUUUGUGACACAAAAGUACGCAUAUGUGCUUCGCUCAUGCUCGAAUAAAAUUGAACCAGAAACCUCUAAAAAGAAAUCCAGUAAUUCAUGACUUCUUCUGCACCUUCCGAUGAAGCCACAUCAGCCAAGCUACUCCGUUCCAAAGUAUUACAAAGGCAGGAUGCUUUGGACACAGGAUUUGAAAAUACAAAGCUAUGGGGAUCAAAACGUUUACUGGUGGCAAUACUCAUGUUCUUCAGUUAUAUUUACAUAUUCAUGCUGCGAGGAAAUUUGAGCAUAGCAAUUGUAGAAAUGACAUCGGAAAAAAAUAUUACCAUUGGAGAUAAAAUCGUUACUCAGAAACCAGAGUUCUCGUGGGAUAUGAAAACCAAAGGAUGGAUACUGAGUGUAUUUUCUUAUGGAUUCUUGUUUUCCGCAGUCGGAGGAUAUCUGUCGACAAAGUAUGGAGGUGUUAGGGUUGUCGGACUAGGGGUUAUGUGCACUGCAAUUAUAACCAUUUUAUCUCCAGUAACUCUCCGCACCAGUGUAUAUUUAUUCGCUAUUGGUCGAGUAGCUGAAGGAUUAUUCGAUAGCUUUGCAUUUGCUGGAACUAGCGACGUUUGGAGCAAGUGGAUUCCAACCAAUGAGCUCCCACAAAUUGUAAUUAUUAGCCAUGUUGGACAUAAUGUAGCUGCAUCCACGACGUUUCCCUUAUGUGGUCUGAUAGCUGAAUAUUUCGGAUGGCCGAUGAUAUUUUACUUCUCAGGCACUUUCGCAAUGAUAUGGUGCAUUAUAUUCCUCACCUUUGUUCGCAAUGACCCAUCACAAGACACGAAAAUCUCACCAGAAGAAUUACGCUACCUCAAACGAAGUAUAGAAAUCAAAGAUCGCCAAACCAUAAAAUACCCUUGGAAAAAAAUCCUCACAUCCAAGCCAUUAUGGUGUCUAUGUUUGAAUAAGAUGGCUUACAGUUGGAGCCAAGCGACUGUGAUUCACUGUUUUCCUUUGUACAUCAAAGAUAUGACCAAAAGGAAUACAGCUCACGUGGGACUUCUUUCUGGUAUCCCUAAUGUGAUUAAUAUUUUUCUAAUUCCGAUCAUCGGAUUGCUCAUUGGUUACUUACAAAAUAGUCGAGGUUUCAAUCCAUCUCAACUACACAAAUGGAUCUUGACGAUAGGAUUCUCAUCAGCAGGAGCACUAUUCAUUGCAGUUGGAUUUACAAACUUUACCAUUUCUUUAAUAUGCUUCGUAUUGACGGUGAUAUUUCUUUCGGCCUGUUCUUCAAUACAUCAUGUCAUGACAGUAUCAAUAUCACGUGAUCAUGCUGGUCUGGUGGCUGGUAUAGCAUCGUUCUGGUACUCGGUCAGCGCAAUUGUUGCUCCACUAUCGCUUGGAUUUAUAGUUGUUGAUCACACAUAUCAAGAAUGGGGAAUUUUUUUCGCAUUGAGCGGAUGUAUAGCGAUCUUAGCUGCCAUUAUAACAGUGUUAUUUGGAUCCAGCGGGGACCAAAAUUGGUCGUCGACGUCGACAAAUCAAGAUGAAGAUUUUAAUACAAUUGAACAACGACAAUGAACAAUAUGAAUAUUACCGAAUAAAUCAAUUUUCAAAUUAU